AUGCAGAAGAGUCCCGCCGCGGUGACUGCGAAAGCAGCCGUCCCUCGGCACCGCGCGGUGGACCUGUCCAAGUUGCCGCCGUCGGCGGCGGCGGCGGUGCGCGACGCAGGCCUUCCGAAGCGCUGCAUCGAGGGCGAGCGCUUCCGCUGCGACGCGGCGGCCGUCGACGCCAUCGAAGCGCAGGAGCGCUCGAAGAUGCUGUCGCUGCCCGCCAGCCACUUCCAGUCGCUGACGCCCUUUUUGCACACGGCGGACGCGGCGCAGCUGAUGGCCGACGAGCGAACGCCGCGCUUCACCAAUCGCACCCAGCUCGAGGGCUGGCAGCAAAUCAUCCGUGAGAGCCUCGCCGGCUGGCCCCGCCGGCGGCGUCCUGCGCUCAUGCCUGCGCUGCCAACCGCAGCGGCGGGCCGGCAGAAGCCACACGCGUCAUGCGCUGUGGUGGGCUCGAGCGCCCAGCCGCUCCUCACCCGCAAUCUCGGCGGCGAGAUCGACGCGCACGAGACCGUCAUACGGGUCAACAUGGCGCCAACGGCCGGGUACGAGAACUUCACCGGCUCCCGGACAGACCUGCGGGUGUGGGGCUUCGUCCCGCUGCCGCGGCAGUCUCCUCGGGCGGCCUGGGCGGCCGAGGACAACUUUCUGAUCUACUGCCCGCCGGUAACGUGGGUAAGUGUCUGCUGGAGAAACAUCGCCGUCGACCGGGACCCGCGCCUCCACCCGAGCGCUUGGCGUCGCGCGCAGCGGCUGAUUCAUCUCAACCGGAGUCGCUGCAAGCGUAUGGGUUGCUACCCUUCGAGCGGGGCGAUGGCGGUGCUCUACGCCAUCGACCACUGCGAGCGGACGACCAUCUACGGCUUUGGGGUCGCCGAGCCGACGGCGCCGGAGCCGCGGUGCCUGGACCCAGCUCUCGCCUGUGCGCCUGCAGGAGGGCCCACGGGGUACCCCACGGCACGGUGCACCGAGGCGCAGCUCUGUGCAGUCGGCUUGGCUUGCGACAAGUACUACAGCGCGGCAACCCGGCUGGAGUGGCGAGCGAGGCGCUGCGAAAAGGCCAGGGCGGGCCAUGUCAAGCGUUCGGGGCGAUUUCACGUGGACUACUUUAAGGAGGCGGCCGUGUAUCACGACGUGGGUUGGGGAGAGCGGGGCGGAGAGGAGAAUGGAGCCGUGACGCCCGCCUUGUGA